AAACCAUUUGGAUUCUUCACUUUACAGCUAAUAAAAUGCUUUGCAAAAGCUUUCCUUCAUAUUUAACUUGUAACGGUUUUUUACAGUGUAGCAUUUGAACAUUUUCACCUCUGAUGUCACAUGGAGUGGUGAAUUCAGCGCAGUUCUUCGCAAGGGGAGGAAUUCAGACCGACCAAGAGUCUUUGCAGAAAUUGCCUGUUUUUCUGUACAUAAUCAUGACAAGACACCAUGAAAAGUGUCUCUCAUGAUUCCCAAAGUAAUCUCAAAGUCGUUGAGUGUAGUGUUAGUGAGAUUCUCAAGGUGUUACUCCAAGAAACCCUCAGAUAACCUCAAAGACCUCCUACUGAAGAUGCCCCGCGACGUGAAGCACAUCCACGAGGCGCAGCAGCACCGGAUCAGGAUCCGGGAGAAGGGUGCCAAGUACAUUCCGGGGACAGUGACGCUCCAGGUUCUGGGCACCGGAGCUCCUGGAAGUCCUGCCUGUGUGUACAUCUUCACCGACCAGUCACGGUAUCUCUUCAACUGUGGCGAAGGCACUCAGCGACUGGCUCAUGAGCACAAGACGAAACUGGCCAGAUUGGAGCACAUCUUCAUGACUCAGACCACGUGGAGGCACAUCGGAGGACUGCCGGGACUGAGUUUGACCAUCCAAGACGCUGGCGUGCCGGAGAUCACACUCCACGGACCGCCAGGACUCAAGGAGAUCUUCAGCGCGAUGAAGAGAUUCGUCGUGCUGCGCGAGCUGAAGGUGAAGGCGAUUGAGUGUGAGCCAGGAUACUUCUAUGAGGACAAUGUUAUGCGAGUGGAAUACUUGCCUUUGGUGCCCAAGAAACAACCACAAAUCGCCGAUGAGAUGGACUGGACGGAAGCUCUGAAUGCAGACGACACAGAUUACUACUCCCACGAGAAGGGAUCUGGCCAGAAGGCGGCCAAAUCGUCCUCACCGGGAAACGAAGAGGAAACUGUUCGGCAGAAGCCCGUUGAGAAGUACGUCGUGACGUAUAUCUGCAAGCUGAAGCCGAGGCCGGGAAUGCUGAUACUUGAGAAGUGCGUGGACAAAGGAAUACCUCCAGGACCACUGCUAGGGCAGCUCAAGAACGGAUUCGACGUGACUCUGCCCAAUGGAGAAGUCGUGAAAGCCAGCGAUGUUCGAGCGCCAGACGAUUCUGGACCGCUCUUGAUCUUCAUCGAUAUUCCAAAUGAGGAAUACCUGCAGGUUCUGCUGGAGAAGAAGGAUGUCUUUCGCAAAUAUCAGGCAUCUGCGACGGAUGACGAGAUGGUGGCAGCCGUUGUGGUUCACUUCACACCGUCAGAGAUUACCGAACGUGCUGAGUAUCAAGAAUUCAUGAACGAAUUCUCUCCCAGCACGAAGCACAUCAUCCUCAAUGAGAAGAAUAACUCUUCUGGCAAUAUUUCCGUGCACAGAAUCCAAUGGCAAUUGAAUCAACUCAACGAUCUCGUCUUCCCGAUACUUGCCGAAACGAACGCCACGGAUAAUUCCUGUCCCUCGAUGGCAUGCUACAGUUUGCGCCCGAAGAAGGGCUUCGACACGAGUUUAGAGCCUAAAAUAGCCAAAGAUGAGUUCAUUGAGGAGAUAUUCGCAGCGCCUGGAUUCAGUGAAGCACUGACAGUGCUGAAGAAUCAACAGAAAGACUAUCUGACGAGAGCUAGAGAAACGCGCGAGCAACAAUUUCCAAAGAUCCUCUUCCUGGGCACUGGAUCGUGCAUUCCCAACAAGACCCGCAAUGUCAGUGCCAUCCUCAUGCAGACCAACAAGGAUGCGUCACUUCUGAUGGACUGUGGCGAGGGAACUCUCGGGCAGAUGCUGAGAUUCUACGGGAAGGAGCGAGGACGCGAGAUACUGAGGAAUUUGCGAGUGAUUUACAUUUCUCAUCUACACGCAGAUCAUCACAUAGGACUGAUUGGGAUGCUGAGGGCAAGACGGAGAUGCUUUGAGGACUUUAAGGAAGAGGAUAGACUUCUGUUAUUGGCGCCACAGCAAAUAUCGUCCUGGUUGUCCUUCUACAACACCAUCGAUCCGAUUUCCGAUGACUUCAUUCUCGUUCCUAAUGUCCAAAUGAUUUCGCAUCCUUUGGAAAGUGCCACGCUUGCAGAGAUGGGAAUUGCAAAGAUCACAACUUGCUAUGUUCCUCAUUGUCCUCAUUCCUUCGGUGUUGCUCUGGACCUGAGCAAUGGGACGAAGAUCACGUACAGUGGAGACACGAAGCCUUCGACGGAUCUCAUUGGGAUCGGCAUGAACUCCACGGUGCUCAUCCACGAGGCGACCAUGGAGGAUGAGCUUGUGUAUGAGGCUGUGGUGAAGAUGCACAGCACUGUGUCCCAGGCUGUUGGCCAGGGAAAGGCGAUGAAUGCUCAAUACACCAUUCUGACGCACUUCAGCCAGCGAUACGCCAAGUUGCCGAGGAUUGACGUGCUGGAGGACAAUGUGGGGAUUGCCUUUGACAAUAUGGAAGUGACUGUUGAGGAUCUGAAGCAUCUGGCGAAGAUGCACGAGCCGUUGAAGCUGAUGUUUGCUGAGCACUGCGAGGAAAUGGAGCAGAAGGCGCUGAAGAGGGCGUACAAGAAGCAGAGACUCACCAAUUCACGAAGCUCCAGUCCAGUCCAGAAGUCCUAA